UUCUACUACCUACUCUCCUACCUUUCGUCCGCUGUUAAAAAACUGUUAGUAGCCUUUGCCAGCGCGCUUAGGACCCGAACCCCCCAUCAACUUAUCGACAAACUUAAACUUACAUAUAGGGACCCCAACGCUAUUAAGAGGGCUGGUUAA